GUGGCUUGGAUCCACACCAACAGAUUUACAUUAUUGACUCUACAAAACCGAGUCAUCACAAGAAGUUCCCGGUACAAGGUAAGCCACAACAGUUACAGAACGUGGUGGUUGCAUAUCUCCAAUGUACAAGAGCGAGAUCGCGGAGAAUAUAUGUGCCAAGUAAAUACGGUACCAAUGAUGACACAAGUUGGAUACAUAGAAGUCGUCGUUCCUCCCUAUUUGGACGAAGAGCUUACCAGUUCCGACACGGAUGUUCGAGAAGGCACAGACGUCAGUUUGAGGUGUGUUGCCAAAGGGUCGCCGGAACCGGAAGUCACAUGGCGCAGAGAGGACGGCCAGGAAAUUUCCAUCGGGAAAAGCAAAGUGACAACCGUACGAGGAAACUUCCUGAAUAUCACAAAAGUGAGCAGACUUCAUAUGGGAGCUUACCUGUGCAUAUCUUCCAAUGGAGUUCCACCAUCUCUAAGCAAAAGAAUAUUGCUCGGAGUUAGCU